GGAGUGUGGGAGCUAAAAUUUCUAAUUUUUUAAUACUCCCUCCGUCCUGGAGUAUUCGUCCAGUUUUGACUUUUGGAACUGUUCAUCUAAGCACUUUGACUCAUCAAAUUCUCUCAAUGUGUAAGCCUAAAUAUAGUCAUGUGUGAUCUUGUUUGAUUUGUCUUAACAUAUAGAUUAUUAAUAUAUAAUUUCUAUAAUUUUUUAAUAUACAAAUUACAAGAUAAAAUGGAUUAAAGAAGUGUAUUGGAUGGCUCCACCCCACCCCCACCCCCACCCCUGCAGUCUGUACGCACGCACGCACGGGCUGGCCUGAUUACCCCCCCAUACCCUCUAUAUAAACAGGCGCACACGCUUGUAUCUUGAUGACUCAAUAGAGCAGAAAGAAAGCCCCCCCUCCAUUCUCCCCAUCUUACCCCUCUGUCAGAACUUGAAGCUUCUUCCUUCGGCAGCCAUUAAUGGAUGUCUUCUUUGCCGUCUUUGUGCUCUGCAUCCUCAGCAGCGCUCUUUUGAAAUGGAACGAGUUCAGGUUCAAGAAGAAAGGGCUCCCCCCUGGCACCAUGGGCUGGCCACUCUUCGGUGAAACCACUGAUUUCUUGAAACAAGGCCCCAUCUUCAUGAAGAACCAGAGAAGGAGAUAUGGGAGUUUCUUUAAGUCACACAUACUCGGGUGCCCGACGGUGGUUUCAAUGGAUCCAGAGGUGAACCGAUACAUACUGGUGAACGAGGGGAAAGGGCUCGUCCCGGGCUACCCUCAGUCCAUGCUUGACAUUCUUGGGAAGUGCAACAUUGCAGCUGUUCAUGGCUCUGCUCACAAGCACAUGAGAGGGGCAUUAUUGUCUCUCAUCAGCACUUCCAUGAUCAAAUCCCACCUCUUGCCUAAAAUUGAUGACUUCAUGAGAUCCCAUGUUAGCUCUUGGGAUGGCAAAGUCAUUGACAUCCAAGAACAAACAAACAAGAUGGCAUUUCUAUCAUCAUUGAAGCAGAUUGCUGGGAUUGAAUCAACCUCCAUAGCAGCAGAGUUUAUGCCGGAAUUCUUUAAGCUUGUAUUGGGGACACUUUCGCUUCCCAUCAACCUCCCAAACACAAACUACCAGCACGGGCUGCAGGCCAGGAAGAACAUUGUGAGGGUGCUGAGGAAACUCAUAGAGCAGAGAAGAGAGUCUGGGGAAAGGCAAGAAGACAUGCUUGGGUUCUUGAUGAAUGAAGAACAGAACCGGCACAUGCUUAGUGAUGAUGAGAUGAUCGACUUGAUCAUAACGCUUUUGUACUCCGGGUACGAGACUGUUUCUACUACCUCCAUGAUGGCUGUCAAGUAUUUGAGUGAUCACCCACAUGUUCUUGAUGAGCUAAGAAAAGAACACACUGCAAUUAGGGAGAAGAAAGGGCCGAGUGAUCCGAUCGAUUACAAUGACUUCAAAUCGAUGCGAUUCACACGCGCGGUGAUCUUUGAGACGUCAAGACUAGCCACAAUAGUGAAUGGAGUCUUGAGGAAAACAACUCAAGAUAUAGAACUUAACGGUUAUGUGAUACCCAAAGGAUGGAGGAUAUAUGUGUACACAAGAGAGGUCAAUUAUGACCCUGAACUGUAUCCUGAUCCACAUACUUUCAAUCCUUGGAGAUGGCUGGAUAAGAGCACAGACAACCAAAAUCACUUCUUGAUCUUUGGAGGAGGGACUAGGCAGUGUCCUGGAAAGGAGCUUGGCAUUGCUGAAAUCUCAACAUUUCUUCACUAUUUUGUAACCAGAUACAGAUGGGAAGAAGUGGGAGGAGAUAAGCUGAUGAAAUUCCCAAGAGUUGAAGCACCCAAUGGACUGCACAUCAGGGUUUCAGCCUGCAAAUAAUAUAUAUUCAAAAUAUAUAUAUAUAUAUAUAUAUAUAUAUAUAUAUAUAUAUAUAUAUUGUACAUAGUGAUGAUGAUGAUGAUGAUGAUGAAGAAGAAGAAGGGAGAAUGUGAAUAUAUGAAAUGAAGAAGAGCGCAAUGGAUGUACAAAGUUGAGGUCCCCCAUCUAUCUAACACAAAAAUAUAAUGUAUGUGAAUUAUGAUCAGAUCAGAGUGUAACCCAUUUUUUUGCAGAGGAAAUAAUUAGAUCUCUUUGAAUUGGCAUGUUUAUUUAGUUGCUUUCUAUCUUCAAAGCUAGCUCCUGUAAUGGCAAUAUAUGCACUGUUUAUCC